GGUGCUAUUCCUCGGCAGUGAUUGCACUUGCUGUGUGUACAUACGCAGGAAGCUGGCUUCUCUACCCCCUGUGUAAAUAACAUGUAAUUAAUAUUUAUGGGCGCUUUGUUCCUGUGUAGUUGAAAUAAUGUUUUUUCCCCAAUUUUACCUAGAGGAGCAAUUCCCUUUUAUAUCCACAGGCCUGAGUGUGUUUCUCCUUUAUAUUUAGAAAUAAAUCUCCAUCUGGACAGGCAUGAAAAGUGUUUUAUAAGUCUUCUCACUGGACAACAAUGAGUGGUAAAUCUCUGCUCCUCAAGGUUAUACUCCUUGGUGAUGGGGGUGUUGGGAAAAGCUCCCUUAUGAAUCGUUAUGUCACGAACAAGUUUGACUCUCAGGCUUUUCACACCAUUGGUGUUGAGUUUCUCAACCGAGACCUGGAAGUAGAUGGUCGACUCGUAACCCUACAAAUCUGGGACACUGCUGGUCAGGAACGCUUCAAGAGUCUACGUACUCCCUUCUACAGGGGAGCUGAUUGCUGCUUGCUGACUUUUAGUGUUGAUGACCGGCAGAGUUUUGAGAAUCUGGCAAGCUGGAGGAAAGAAUUUAUUUUUUAUGCAGAUGUCAAGGAGCCUGACCGCUUCCCCUUUGUUGUUCUUGGAAAUAAGUUAGACAAGAGUGAGAGGGUUGUAAGUACCAUAGAAGCAAAAACCUGGUGCAAUGAAAACGGAGGGUUUCCUUACCUGGAGACAAGUGCUAAGGAUGACACAAAUGUGAAUUGUGCAUUUGAAGAGGCUGUGAGACAGGCAUUGGCUGUAGAAGAACAAGUAGAACAUUCAAUACUUGGCCGCACGGUUGACCUACACAGCAACAACAGCACAAGUUCAUCCUGUUGUUAAGUUUGGAGAAAGAAGUUUGGGUGUUCAGAGUAUUAAGGCUGUAGGUGCUGUUUUUGGCCACCGUAGGCAAGGCACGAAAUAUAUUCCGAAGGAAAGCUGGUAAUCACAGUUUUAACGUGCCAACACCAAAGCAAAUAUGCGAUUAUUAAAGACAUAUUACUUGCGGUACAUAUAAAUCAAGUGCAAAUAUCAUCUCACAAAGUUAGCUUUGAGCUAGUAACAGUGUGCAAAGUUUUUCACCAACGUGAUGUGUAAACAAAUAGGGGACGUUGUCAAGAAUUGUCCAACUGCAACUGAAAUUCUUUCAAAGCUUUGAGCAGUUUAACAUGAGAUAAUUAAGUUGAUGUACUUUGCAGCCUUUGUAACAUUUUGUUUGGGAAGUAGGUAUAUAUCUGAAAUAUAUAUCUUUAGAGAAAAGAGCUAAUUUAUUAUAAAGCUAAUCUGUGGAUGUAUUAACCAUAUCUGUCUCAAAAAUCUCUUCUAGUUACUUACCUAGUCAGUAUUAAAUUAUGUUAUAAAUUAAUCAUGUUCUAUGUAAUCGGUACAUAUGUAACCUUUUUAUGAGGAAGUAAACUCCUUAUAUAUGGUUAUGGACCAAACAUGCUGUCUAUUGUUUUUCCAUCACAAAACUGUAAACAUGAUUAACUUCUGUUUUGAGAGUUUUGCUGUAAACCCUAAAUUGCUGUAUAAACCUUGAAAACUGAAGAAAAUGCUAAUUUUUUUUCCCCAAAUACCAUCUUUUUAAUGUUUUCGUGUCUCUCAUUAGUUUUCUUUACUAACAUUAUUGGAUUAAUGUUUCAUUAAAGGAACAAGCACCAUAGCCACUACAGUUAGUUAAAGUGCUUAAGGUGUCAGACGAGUUCUGGUACUCUUAAACCUUUUUAGCAUAGUUUGACACUUCAGGUUGCGCUUGGUGCCCAUGUUGGUUCUGGUGUUCUUAGAAUGCAAAAGUCUGACGUCUGUUCUAUUCAAGAGCAAAUUAAACUUAUUCAUUUACUGAGCGUCCUCAGCAGACACUCUCAGCCAAUCAGUGAAAGUCUACAUAGGCAUCUGGAUUUUCCUGCUCAAGAAGACUGGAAGCGGCACAGGCUGCCAGGUAAAUAUCAAACUGCUAAAUCGUU